AUAAUUUUGUGGCAUCAAAAAGCAUCGUCCCAGAAUUCUCGAAUCCCGCUUCCGUAAAUCGGUUUAUUCUGCUCCCUUUCCUGCGCCCAAGAACGAAGAAACCUGCGAAAGUCUCGAAGUAAUCAUCGACGGAAAUGGCAACUGCGCGUUCAGCUCCCACAUCGCUCAUCACAACCACCGUCGACGAAUCUUUCGAUUUUCUCUUCAAAAUCGUCCUUAUCGGUGAUUGCGGAACGGGGAAAACCUGCAUCGUGCAGCGGUUCAAGUCGGGCAACUUUAUCGAAAGCCACGGUAACACGAUCGGUGUGGACUUCUCCAUGAAAGCCGUCACGGUGGACGACAAAAAGGUGAAGCUACAAAUCUGGGACACUGCCGGCCAAGAACGGUUCCGCACGAUUACGCAAAGUUACUACAGAUCUGCAAACGGUGUUAUAAUAGUGUACGAUAUUACUAAGCGUUCGUCCUUCCUAAGCCUGCAGCGAUGGAUAGACGAAGUGCGAAGGUAUACGGCAUCGAACGUGAUGAUAUUCGUUAUCGGUAACAAGUCGGAUCUGGAUUCGAUACGGGAAGUGGAGUUUUCGGAAGCACAGGCCAUGUGCCAGUACAUACCGGAGGUGAUGUUUGUGAUGGAGACAUCGGCCAAAGAUAAUCGGUUCGUCGAGGAUGCAUUCAUGACACUGGCAACGGAGUUGAAGAGACGACACGAUGGUGUCACAGCAAACGAGGACGAAGAAGGCAUUACGCUUGGACAAAGCAAAGCGCUUUCCACGAACAAUUGUAGCGGAGUUUGUAAUUUAACGUAGAUAGAUUACUUGGCAGAUGCUAUCCAUCCUGCAACUAACUUUCCUGUGGUUGUUAGCAUGCAACUGUUGCUAACCGAGGGAAUAGAUGGGAAAAAUGAUUAAUCCAAAAGUUUAUUUGAUUAGAACUUGAUCGGUCCAACGACUAAUUAGCUCCCGCCCAAAAUGCCAUUAACUUAAGCAAUUUAGCUCUAAAGCGAACUUUAUUGGAUUGGUUUAUGUAAACUGCAGCUACCUUUCAAACAGAGAUGCUAAUGAAUUCAAUCGUAAGGAGAAUCGGAACCAGCCGGAACCGUCCCAGAUCCGUUGGUGUUAUGGAUCCCUAGAUGUACAUAAUUGGAGCGUAAACCUCUCUACAAACUACUCGUUAACUAAUUUGUAGUUUCUUGUGGUCGAAGGUAUGAUAGGUUAUCGUACCCCCGUUUAGAAGGUUGAAGAGCUACAGCUACGAAAGCUAAGACUCUGAUGCGGUCUAAAACCAGCUGUUAUGUGA